UAAAUUUUUAAUUCUUAUCCUUACGCUUUGCAGUUUGCAAUGUUUGCAUUUCGCAGCAUUAGCCAUAUUAAUUGUGUAUUGUUGAUAAUCACAGUGUUCAGCGUAUUAAAUAUUAGGGAAGACUAAAUGCAUUAGACAGUAGACAUAGUAAUCGAUAAUAAGAUAUUCCGAAAAUAUUGUGGAACGAUUGGUAGGUAAAUAUAAUUUUUGAAAAUAAGAUGGCUAGGGCAUGACUAUUAAAGUUAUUAGUUUGUACUGAUACGAAUGAUCAUUAUGAUUUAUGACGAUCAUUAUAAUUUAUGAAUAAUUUACUAUUAUGGUAAUCUCGAGUUCUUAAUAACCGGAUUAAGCUACCUACCUAAUCAAACGUCAUUGUUGUCAGAUGUUAAUCAAACGUUUAUAUUCAGUAUUUAAAAAUACAUUUUCCGACAUGGACAAUCUUAUUGCUGUUUGUCAAAUAACAUCAACUGCCAAUAAAGAAAAAAACUACCAAAUGUGCAAGACGCUAAUUACUAAUGCUCAUAAAUGUGGAGCUAAAAUGAUUUUCCUACCGGAGUCAUUUGAUUACAUCGAGGAAGACAAAGCUAAGUCAUUAGAGAUGGCUGAGUCUUUAGAUGGAUCUCUUAUCAAUAGUUAUAAAUCAUUAGCUAAGUCAUUGAAUAUUUGGCUGUCUUUAGGUGGAUUUCAUGAAAAGUUUUCAGAAACUAAAUUAAGGAACACACAUUUGGUUAUCAACAAUAAAGGUGAAAUAGCUGAAACUUAUCAUAAAAUACAUUUGUAUGAUGUUCAAAUACCUUCAAAAAAUAUUCAAGCGUUAGAAUCAAGUGUAAUUGAAGCUGGUAAUGAAAUCUUACCACCAGUUAAAACACCAAUUGAUGUUGGUUUAGCUAUUUGUUAUGAUAUGCGAUUUUCUCAGAUGGCUAUAGCGCUAGCUGAAAAUGGAGCAGAAAUUUUAACAUAUCCAUCAGCAUUUUUUUUUGGGACAGGUGCUUAUCAUUGGGAAAUAUUAUUGCGAGCCAGAGCUAUUGAAACUCAAUCUUAUGUAAUUGCUGCUGCACAAACUGGCAAUCAUACCUCAACUAGAAAAUCUUGGGGCCACUCUCUGGUGGUUGAUCCACUAGGAACAGUAAUAGCCCAGUGUUCUGAUGAACCUGGUUUUGUUUUGGCACCAAUUGAUUUAUCGUUAAUAAAAAGUAUUCGCCAAUCAAUGCCUAUAGAAUGUCAUAGACGAUAUGAUAUUUAUCCAAGAAUGAUGUCAAGUACCUUAUGUAAAAAUAAGUCAGUUGAAGAUUCUUAUGAAUUUAAAUUUGGUUCAUCAAUAGUUAAAGGGUUACAAGUCUUUUAUAAAACACAAUUAUGCUUAGCAUUUACCAAUAUUAAAUGUGUUUUACCAGGUCAUGUUUUAGUGGCUCCUCUUAGAGCCGUAGAAAAAAUUACUGACUUGUCUAAUGACGAAGUUGGGGAUCUAUUCCUUACAGUUCAAAAAGUUCAAAAAACCAUUGAACAAGUACAUAACACUAAUUCAUCAUCUAUUGUUAUUCAAGACGGCCAACAUGCUGGACAAACCAUUAAGCAUGUUCAUGUUCAUAUUAUUCCAAGAAAAGCUGGAGAUUUUUUGGUGAAUGAUGAUAUAUACAGAAAAUUACAAAAUGAAAAAGACUGUACAAAUUCAAGGAGAAGCGAUGAUGAAAUGGCACAUGAAGCUAAUCUAUUAAAAUCGUUUUUCUUAAAAAAUUAGUUUUAAAAAUGAUUGUCAUUAGUGGGGUUUAGAUUACAUUAUUACUCUUUACCAACAUUUAUAAUAUAAAUAUAAAAAUAAACGUAAAUAACUUAAUUAUAA